UUUCCGGUAACCAAGAUGUCCAAGAGAGGACGUGGAGGUUCCUCUGGUGCGAAGUUUCGCAUCUCCCUCGGUCUCCCCGUGGGGGCCGUCAUAAACUGCGCCGACAACACAGGUGCCAAAAACCUGUACAUCAUUUCUGUAAAAGGUAUCAAAGGUAGACUGAACAGGUUGCCUGCCGCUGGUGUAGGAGACAUGGUGAUGGCCACAGUAAAGAAAGGAAAGCCUGAACUUCGAAAAAAGGUGCAUCCGGCGGUGGUGAUACGGCAGCGGAAAUCGUAUCGGAGAAAAGAUGGGGUGUUCUUGUAUUUUGAGGACAACGCGGGGGUGAUAGUGAACAAUAAGGGAGAGAUGAAAGGCUCUGCUAUCACAGGCCCUGUUGCAAAGGAGUGUGCAGAUCUGUGGCCCAGGAUUGCCUCCAAUGCAGGAAGCAUUGCUUGAACAUACCCCCCUUUGUAAAAUAAAAAUGUGGUUAUACCAAAA